GUCCCAUCAUUAUUAUUUUAUUUUAUUAUUUUACACUGGCUGGACCAUGAGCAGCAUUGACAAUCAAUCCCAUUCACCCGACCCACAAGGAGGAGGAGGAGAAGAGAGAGAAAGAGAAGAAGGAGAAGAAGGACCUUCAACAAGCUUUGACUACUCACCGCGUCACUCAGAAAUCACAGUGGAUGAGCCAGACCGACCCUUAGUAGAACAAAGCACCCCUCUAUCAAGAUCAUAUUCACAAGAGAGCGUCGUCAGUACUCAGUCUGCUCCACCGCCAUAUGAGCUCUACCCACGGGCGAGGUCAUUAGGUGGACGUAUUUACAACUGGCUGCGGAAGAUUCCACGAUUUGGGACCCAUCAAGCCAUCUAUCUCCCCACUCUCCCCACUCAUCGCCCCUUUCGAAGUGAUUCUCAUUCAACAGCGUCCUCAUCCGCUGAUUCAAUUGCUUCUUCUAAUCACACCCCAUGGUGCGUCUCAUUCUAUGAACGUAUCUACAAUGCUUGCCCCACUUCACCUCGUUUUGUGCUGACAGGCCAUAUGGCUCGUCUCCGAACCCUUCUUCUUUGUAUCUCAUUUUCGUUUCUCUUCUUGUUCUCCUUUCUUCUAUUCUGUGCAGUCUAUUUUUCACCUGCACCACUUCCUUCGCCUGUAGUUCCCGAUAAGGUUGCUCUUUCAUCCGCGAAUUUCCUGACCCUCAAUAUCUUUAUGCGUCCACCCGGCAUUCAAAACAACUGGUCGGAUUACAAGGACGACAGAUUGGACUACAUUGUGCGCUUUGUACUGCCAAAGUACGACGUCAUAGCUUUUCAGGAAUCUUUUGCAUUUGGUACCCGUCGAAAGGACCAUUUGAUUAAAGAAGCUAGGGCUCUUGGAUUCAAUCAUCAUGUUGAAUCCGAUAGACAUUUUCCUUGGGAGCUUGCAGUUGACGGUGGUCUUUUGCUUCUUUCCAGAUUUCCUAUUCUUGAGUCUAAUGUGGUUGAAUAUCCUCGGGGUGCGCACAGUGAUUGGCUAGCACGUAAAGGAGCCUUACAUAGUUUAAUCCAAUUGAAACCAGGAUACUCCAUGCAUAUUUAUACAACACAUGCUCAAGCAUCUUACGAGCCAGAUAAUAUGGGUGAUGUUCACAUUCGACUGUCACAAUUUGCAGGAUUACAUUCUUUGAUGCGCAACACUGCCAAGGAAGACAAUUUUCCAAUUUUACUUAUGGGCGAUCUCAACGUUGAUGCGUCUGUUCACAAAGUCGAUGAGCCAAUCACACGCCCUUCAAAGGAGAGUGGGUACGAGUACAAGUUAAUGAUGGGAGUAUUGUCUGGAGAGGGUGCUCAGAUUAAGGAAGGAGGUGGGCGUCUCUAUGAGGACCCUGAGUGGUCAUUGCAGCUGGAAGAUAUUGUCUACAAGACCCACAAGCACCACCCGGUUACCUUUGGAGAUGUGAUUGAGGUUGAUGGCGAAUUUGUUCCAGCAGAGACGGUCUUGACCGAUGCAAGUGAGAUGAUGACUAUGGAAAGUAUCGAUCGAAUGCUGUGGGCAAGCCGUGGAUCCGAUAGGUUUGAAGUCAAAUCUGUCGUUUUGGAGAAGUUUUUGAUCAGGGAGAACAAGGCACUAGGUGAUGAUGAGAAAGAAGCCAUACCGUUUACUCAAAUUUCAGAUCAUUAUGGAUUAAGUUGUGUUUUGGAAAUAUUAUGAUAGUGUUAGAUGAUUGCUUUUCUUUUUCUUUAUAUAAAUAAAUAAAUGCAUACACAUAUAUAAAAUGUCGUCCAUUAUC